GCUGUUGAAGCAGAAGACACCUGAUCUGCAACAUGGAGGGCCGGUUCUGCAUCGUCCUCUUUUUGGGUGUUUCUUUAACCACCUCUCUAACAUCUCCAAGUACACCCAUCAUCUCAACAUCUGCCAACACCACCGCUGACUACAGAGCUCCUGUAGCACUAGCUACCACUGCUGUUCAUCUUGAUUCUCUUUCUGGUACUGACCCAGUCCCGACUGUCAGUCCAAACAUCAGCAUUGUCCCGCUCAGUGCUACUGGAACCACAGAGAGCUCACUUCCAGUCACUGUUCCCAGAACCACUCCCAUUGUAGACCUCCAAACUACCACUACUUUCAGCCACACCAUCACUGAGGGCCAAACAGCUGACGAGCACAGUAGUACCACCGUCACCUAUGAGAUGGUGGAGACUACUACUCCUUUACUCAAGACACAGAGUACUACUACUCUUAAUAAUAGUACUACAUCUACUAUUAGCACUACUCCCUGGAAUGCAACACAGAGUUAUCCUCAUCCUACUACUGCUAAUAUUAGUACUACUUCUGUUAAUACUACUCUUGCUUUGCAAACACCUACACCAGAGAGUGAUACUCCCAUUACUAUUCCCAUUCCUACUGCUACUACUACUAUUAGAAGUCCCAUUACUACUGGUCCUUAUCCUACUACUCCCAUUACUUCUACUACUUCUCACACUACACAUACUGUUACCAAUGCUACCCCAUUUACUAUUACUACUACUAGAGCCACUACUAUGACUGCUGAGACUCCUUGGCCUACACCAGAGAGUCAUACUCCUAGUACUAGUAACAGUCCCACCACUACUACUAAUAGUACUACUUCUACUCCCAUUACUACUACUACUACUACUACUACUACUACUACUACUUCUACUCCCAUUACUACUCCUACUCCUACUACUAGUAGUACUUCUCCUUCCAUUACUACUCCUACUACUACUAGAGCCACUACUACUAUGACUGCUGAGACUCCUUGGCCUACACAAGAGAGUGAUACUCCCAUUACUAUUAUUAGUACUAGUAGCAGUCCCAUUACUACUGAUCCUUUUACUACUAGAUCCAUUACCACUGCUACUAUUACUACUUCCACUCCCAUUACUACUACUACUACUACUAAUACUAGUCCCAAUACUACAACUACUCCUUCCACCACCGCCACGACUGCUGCACCAAGGAAUUGUACUAAUGGGGAAAAUGUGAACGGCGUCUGCAUCUGUCCUGACGAAUGGACCGGAGAGACGUGCUCACAGAGUAAGUCCUGCUGGCUGUGGACAUCAUGCUGUCUCAUUUUAUCAGCAGUAAAAUAAACUGCUGGUUUCUUGGUUGAUGUGAAAAUGGUAGAGUAUUAAUUCGAGGAAAUAUAGGUGCAAUUUCGAUUUUCAGGGAACAUUUUUAGUAAAGAAACGCCUAAAAUAUGACAAAUGGUUGUUUUGGAUAAGUCUUUAAAUCCAGACCCACCAUGGUCCUAUUAGGUUCAGUCCUGCCUUCAGUUCUAGUGAAUCUGAUCUGAUUAAUCUGACCCAAACUUUGUUGCAUCUCCACAUGGGAGACCUAAUGAUCUCAAACUUUUGAAUAUCUCACACAUCAGUUAUUGAGAAAGUGGAACUCAUCUAAUGUGUAGGUCCAUCACAAAGAGUGAAAUACGUCAAGCCUUUAUUUCUUGCAAUGUUAAUGACUAUGUCUUACAGAUCAUGAGAACCUUACAUUCAGUGUCUCAGAAAAUUUGAAUCAAAAUGAAC